GAACAGCAGAAAGCAUUCACAUUUUGGUAGAGCUUUAUCUUUUACUCAUCAUAUUUGAAACGGAUACAACUUGGAGAGACACAGGUUCCCACUGACAGACAACCAGGAUAUAAAUAUUUCCACCUCUGCCAGAACAAACAGAGUAAAGUCAACAAGGGCUCUGACUAGCACACACAAUAUGUACUUGGUUCUAAAUUACCUUCCCACAAUUCUCCCGAAAGAGCAAAUGGUUACGUCUUCUCCAAUCAAACUACUUUAGCCUGAAACACACAAUAAUCCAAACACAGUUUAACGGAUUUCCAACCCCUCCCUCCUUCUCUGCUCAACCCAUUUGGUUUAUACCAGUGAGGCUGAUUCAAACCACCUUCCAACGCUCUCAUGGGUGCUGAAUUUUGAAUUUUGGUUGAUUUUUAUGUGAAUAUUCUUAAGAAAUUACUGACUCUGGAAGCCUUAUCUCCUCAGCCCUUCACUGCUGCCUCAACAAACGAGCACAGUAGAAAGUGAUUUUAGCCAAUCAUUUUGUUUUUGUGUCUCUAUUUAUAUGCUCUGGAGCUUUAUGUGACAACAACUAAAGACAAACACGUGAUGAUUUCCAAAGAGGCCGUUAAAAUGAAUGAAGAGUCCUGAAUAUGUCUACUGGUGUGUUGGUCACCUUCUCCAAAACACACAGUGGAGUGGGAGAGAGGAGAUAAAGGGCCUAAUGCGCCGAGUUGUGGAAACAACUUCUGUAAUCCUUCAUCAUGUGACUCAUAGUAAUAAUCACUCCAUAAUGAAGAGAGACGUCUGUCGCGGAGCAAGUGAGACGCAGAAAGACGCAGAGCCGCUGGCCAACAAGUCAACCUUCAACACCCUCAGGGCCCCACGGAGGUGAUCCUGCUGAGCGGGACGGAAGGAGACCUGACACGUUUUUGGGGGGAGAGAAGAGUGCAGAAAUCGUAUGAUGUCCGUUGUGGGCGCGCAGCCUUUCAUCAAACCAAUGCAGCCUUCACCUUCAGUUUCGCCUGGUAUCCAGAGGAGACACACGCUCCCAGCAAGCGAAGUCCGGCCUCUUAACACGCAAGAUGCUAUAAGCGUCUUCGAAAUCGAGCGAGAGGCCUUUAUCUCAGUGUCAGGUGAGUGUCCCCUCCACUUGGAUGAGGUGCGUCACUUUCUCACGCUGUGCCCGGAGUACUCCAUGGGCUGGUUCGAGGAGGGCCGGCUGGUGGCUUUCAUCAUCGGCUCCCUCUGGGACCAGGACAGACUGACUACAGAAGCUCUCACUCUCCACAAGCCCCGCGGCUCCACCCUUCACAUCCACGUCCUGGCGGUCCACCGCACCUUCAGGCAGCAGGGCAAAGGUCCCAUUCUAAUGUGGCGCUACCUGCAGUACCUCCGCUGUCUGCCCAACGUGCGCCGAGCCGUGCUGAUGUGCGAAGACUUCCUCGUUCCCUUCUACCGCAAGUCGGGCUUCAAGGUUCUGGGCCGCUGCGCCAUCACCGUGGCCAACUUGACCUUCACCGAGAUGUUUUACCCCAUCAGCGGCCACGCCUACAUGCGGCGCAACAGUGAAGCAAUCCGGUUCCCUCAGCAUCCUCUGACUUUGCCACUGACAAAAACUGAUGAGCACGUUGAUGUAUGACAUGAUGAAUUUCAGUUUUGUUCAAUUCAGUAUGCUUCACUGGCAGGAAUAUCAGGUUAAAAUAUGGCCAAAGCAUCGAGGAUGGUGUAAUUAAAAAACAACAAAGAAAACAAGUUUUAAAAAAAAGUGUAUAUAAAAAUAAAUUGUAUGAAUAAGAUGAUAAAAGAGGAAGAAAAGAUAAAAACAGAAGAAAAAAUAGUUAAUUUAGUAUUUUAGAUUUUUAAAAACUAAGAUUAGAAACCUUUGUGCACAGGUUGUGUUUAAUUUUAAAGCAAAAAUAGUAUUUUAGGCUCUUUCGUGGAUUUCUUGAUUUGUUGAAAUUAUUUUUCUGUGAACAAUAAAACAAGAAUGUAGGCUUACGAUAUAAUGUAAUAAUAUACUAUGAUGUGAUGUGUUAUGUAUGAUCAUGUCUACAGAGUAAAGUAGUGCGCUGAAGUCUGUAACAGAAGUCACACGUUGCGUUCGUGGCAGACAUUUGGACUUGUAUGAUAAGCUGUCUCCUGCUCAGCACCUUUCUGGGCUUCCCACAACUAUGGACUGACGUCAGUGACCGGGCUUUAGCUGCUCAAUAGCAGCUCCUGCAGCUCUAUUAGGGGCUUUAGCAAUUGCAAACAUCGGAGGAUUUAGAAGAAGAUGCACUCAUCAGUUAAGGACCGUACUUAAACCAACAUGUACGCUGCAGGUUUGGGUUAUAGCUUUGUGUUGUUUAUGUGUGUCUGUCACAGUAUGACAAUUUCAAUAAAUAUGUUUUAUACUGUU